CGACUGCCGCCGAUGACGAGAGAUUGAGAGGUGGCGACGGUAUUCAUUGCCCAAAGUUCCUUGCAACAUGCUCAGCCGCUUGCAACGCUCGUUCAAGCCCGCAGCGCUGUCUCGCGGGUUUGCUGCCGCCUCCCAAGGCCAUAAGUUUGAGCUUGCGCGCCCUUUCAAGUUGCACAACUUGGAAGAAGGCCCGGCCUGCGGCGAUUCGGCGUACGCCACCCGCGAAGAACUGCUGCACUACUACCGCCUCAUGUACACGAUGCGCCGCAUGGAAAUCACGUGUGACAACGAGUACAAGGCGCGCACGAUCAAGGGGUUCUGCCACUUGUACGAUGGUCAAGAAGCCGUUGCGACCGGUGUCGAAGCUGCUCUCAACCGCUCGGACGCUUGGAUUACGUCUUACCGCUGCCACUGCACCAUGUUGGCCCGCGGCGGCACUGUGGCUGGUAUUUUGGCCGAAUUGUUCGGGAACAAGUCGGGCUCGAUUGGUGGCAAGGGCGGUUCCAUGCACUUUUAUAACAAGAAGGAGAACUUCUACGGCGGCCAAGGUAUUGUCGGUGCCCAAGUGCCCGUCGGUGUCGGUUUGGCCUUCGCCUCCAAGUACAACCACAAGGGUGACGGCCCCAUGCCUUGCUCCAUCACCAUGUUCGGCGAUGGUGCGGCGAACCAAGGCCAAAUUUGGGAAGCCGUCAACAUGGCGGCGUUGUGGAAGCUUCCCGCGAUCAUCUGUAUUGAAAACAACCACUACGGCAUGGGUACAUCCACGGAACGACACUCGAGCAACCAAGUGUACUACACGAUGGGCAACAAGAUCCCUGGUAUCUGGUGCGACGGGAACGACGUGCUGGCCGUGCGCGAAUGCACCAAGUUUUUGAAGGAGUGGACCGGCGCGAACAAGGGCCCGAUCUACGUCGAGAUGUGUACGUACCGAUACCACGGCCACUCGAUGUCGGACCCUGGUGUGACAUACCGCAACCGCGAAGAAAUCUCCAACAUGCGCGCGUCGCGGGACCCGAUUGAAAGCGUCAAGAAGCGUCUCCUCGAAAGCGGCCUGGCCACCGCCGACGAAAUCAAGGAAAUCGAAAAGGAAGUCCGAAAAGAAGUCGUCGAAGCCACGAAGGAAGCCAAGGCAAGCGGCCGCCCGGACGACGAAGUUGCGUUCAAGGACGUGUAUGCGGACGAGAACGGCAAGAACGCGUACCCGCCGUUCAUCCGACGCCCCGACUACACCAAGAGCUUGUACCAUGGCAAGUAAAUGCACACCACGACCACCGCGACUUGCUUUAGUAGAUGGUUUCUCGUGUUAAAUGCCAACCCACAUGAUGUUCGACAUGGCCAUUGCCGCUGGCAUCUGGCACUGGGCUGUUCGUCAACGGGUUUAGUACUUGAGCCGC